CAAAGCCUCAACUUACAGAACUGGCUUCUUGGGCUUCGGGAGUGUUUCCCAUUUAAACAAACAGUGCCGAAGAUGGCGGAGAGUUAAUGGUGUAAAGAAGAAAUCAUCGAUCCGGCUGAGAGAUACGUCCACAAGACUCCAUUGACCAGCCCACAUAGGACCAAACCCCCAGAGUGAGGGGUUGGGGGGGCGAUCUGAUCGUCCAUCAUCUCGGUACCGUCACAAGAUGGCAGAUGGAAUAGUUUUGGAGAAAGAGUGAAGGUGGUGGCAGUAACAAGAGGGAAACAAAGAGGAUGAUUUUCAGGCAGAUGAGAAAAUGAAGAGUGGGAAGACAGCACGGAGACAGGAGGAGAAAUCAAAUUAUUCUUUGUGCUCUACCUGCCACAGAGGCUGAAAGAGAGCAUUAAUCUUUUACCUCUGUCUGCAGGUGCUGAUAUGUGUACACGAUGAGUGGCUUGGGGGAGAACUCCAUGGAGCCUCUGAGCUCAGAAAACCGGAAACGCAAACUCUCCACUUGUGACACGCCUGGCCUUGGGUGUGAGAGAAAGCGGCGGGAGCAGGAGAGCAAAUACAUUGAGGAGCUGGCAGAGCUGAUCUCAGCCAACCUCAGCGACAUCGACAGCUUCAACGUCAAACCAGACAAAUGUGCCAUCCUCAAAGAGACAGUGCGGCAGAUCCGCCAGAUCAAAGAGCAGGGAAAAGCUUCAUCCAACGAUGACGAUGUUCAGAAAUCAGACGUGUCCUCAACAGGUCAGGGGGUUAUCGACAAGGACCACCUGGGGCCACUCCUGCUGCAGGCUCUGGACGGCUUCCUGUUCGUGGUGAACCGCGAAGGCAGCAUCGUGUUCGUGUCGGACAACGUGACGCAGUACCUGCAGUACAAACAGGAGGAGCUCAUCAACACCAGCGUGUACAACAUUCUCCAUGAGGACGACAGGGAGGAGUUCCACAAGAACCUGCCAAAGACCAACAUAAAUGGAGUGUCGUGGGGAAGCGAGGCGGCCCGACAGAAGAGUCACACCUUCACUUGCCGGAUGCUGGUCAAGUUUGGCCAUGCCCACGGCCCCAUGGAGGACGGGCCAGGAGGGCCACGCUACGAGACCAUGCAAUGUUUUGCUCUUACCCAGCCCAAGGCCAUGAUUGAGGAGGGGGAAGACCUUCAGUCAUGUAUGAUCUGUGUGGCCCGUCGGGUGACAGCCAUGGAGAGAACGGAGAGUUUCAAUACCCGGCAUGAACUCUCAGGUAAACUGAUCCAGAUCGACCAGAACUCUCUGAGAGCAUCAAUGCGUCCGGGCUGGGAGGAUUUGUUGAGGCGUUGCAUUCAGAUGUUCCUUCAGCACAGUGAUGGGCAGCCCUGGUCGCACAAACGCCACUACCAUGAGGCCUUUCUGCAGGGUCAUGCUGAGACACCCCUGUACCGCUUCUCUCUGUCCGACGGUACUCCAGUCACAGCCCAGACCAAGAGCAAACUGUACCGUCAUCCUAUGAGCAACGAGCCGCAAGGCUUCAUCUCCACUCACCUACUUCAGAGGGAACCAAAUGGUUACCGCUCAGCUCAGGGUGCUAACAUGAUGCCUAACACUAUGAGACAACAGGGCAUGGGAGGCCCCAACUCAAAUGCCCAAAUGAACAUGAACACCGGUGGGGGGAUGGGCAUGGGGGGCAUGGGCAGCAUAAACAGGGGCUUUGGCAUGAAUGAGCAGGGCCACAUGGGUCACAUGGGUCCUAUGGGUGGUGGCUCUAUGUACGGAGGGAGUGGUGGAGGAGGAAGUGGAGGUGGCGGCAUGGGCAACCGCAUGAUGCAGAUGAAUCAAGUGGGGCAUAUGAAUCAAAUGGGUCCCAUGAAUCACCCGGGCCAAGGAAUGCAGCAGCACCCACAGCAGCCCCCGUUUCAGAGCAGCGGUGGGUUUGGACUGAGUGGACUGAACAGUCCUUCAGGAAGCCCCCGAAUGGGCGGCCCCCAGCCGGGACUCCUGAUGUCACCUCGUAACCGAGGGAGCCCAAAAAUGGGAGCCAACCAGUUCUCACCUGGAGGUAUUCAUUCUCCUAUGAGUGGCAUUGGCAGUGGUGGAGGAGGUGGGGCGAGCACUACCACCUACUCCAGCAGCUCCCUAAAUGCCCUACAAGCCAUCAGUGAAGGAGUAGGGAGCUCCCUUCCCUCCACCCUAACAUCCCCCUCGCCAGCUCACAAACCAGACAGCUCUCCCAGCAUCCACUCCUCCUCCUCUUCCUCUCAGCCCAGUCAGCCAGCCAAACCAGGCCAAGAUGGCUCCAAAAGCCCAGUGGGAGGUUUGGGGCCUGGGCCCAGUGACCAUCACCACCCCAUGCACCAUCACCACCAUCAUCAGCAUCCUCAGGCUGAGAGUUCUGGAGACCGGCCAGACAGCCAGGCAGCUACAGCAACUAAAGAGUCUGGGGAGGGAAGCAAUGAGGCAGGGGUGGCAAGCACUGAACCCCCUCGGAGGGUGCCAGACAGUAAAGGGCAUAAGAAGUUGCUACAAUUGCUGACUUCGCCAACUGAGGAGCUGGGAAUCGGCGGCAGUGGGCCAACAGGGCCUCCUAUACCACCCCCGCCAACCAGCAGCAGCACUCCUACAAGCUCAGAGAGUAAAGAUCCCCCCGGAGGCAUGACAAGCCCCUCGUCUACUGGGGUCUCCUCGUCCUCCUCAGCCAGUGCCAAUCCAGGCCAGGCAAGUGGGCCAGGGGGCGUGUCAACAUCACUAUCAUCAGCCCACUACACAGGCUCACUGCAAGAAAAGCACAAGAUCCUCCACAAGCUUCUUCAAAAUGGCAAUACUCCAGAUGAGGUAGCUAAGAUCACAGCUGAGGCUACUGGAAAGGUGUCACUGGGGGGCCAUGAGGGCACUGAGGUUGGAACAGGAGGAUCAGGGGCCGGGAGCGGGCCUGGAUCGAUCACAGAGCCGAAGCAAGAGCAGCAUAGCCCCAAGAAGGAGAAGACCCAUGCCCUCCUCCAUUACCUCCUCAACAAGGAUGAUUCCAAAGAGCCAGUGGAUGUCAAGCCCAAGGUUGAAGAGCUAGAAGGGAAGGGACCCCCAGGGGCUGCUGGCGGCCCUUCACGGGGCGGCCCCGGAUCUGGGACCACCCCUGCACCUGAACAUCCUGAGAGCAAGAUCAAGUCUGAACCACCUGAUGAUUUGCACAACCUAGAGUCUAUCCUGGGAGAUCUGAGGGGUUCAAGCUCUGACUUUUACGCGGAUCCCGCUGGAAGUGGAGGGUCAAAUGACACAGGAAAUAAACCCCAGGGUUGCCUUGACGACAGCCUGCAGGGGAGUCCAGGUAUGGUUCCGGGACCUCGGGGGCCCUUCCAGAGAGCCAUGUCUAUGGAUGGAAAGCCUCCUGGUGGGCCUGGAGGGGCAGGAAGACGCCCCAUGCUUAUCAAGCAGGAGAACAUGAUGGGCAGCCCGGAUGGCUAUCCAGGAAACAUGGGACCAAUGAAUAGGGGGAUGGUUCAGAGGUCUCCCAUGGGGGGGUCAGGGGACUGGGGCAUGCCCCGUUCAGGUGCCAGCCCAGUGGGUUCAGCAGGACAUCCCUCCAUGAUGCGCCCAGGCAUGGAGUACAACAAUGGCAAGGGUAUGAUGGGAGGACCCAUGGUCAGCCGCUCCAACAGUGUACCGGGGACCAGGUCUAUGCUGCAACAGCAGCUCAUGGAUAUGGGUGGCUCUGGCGACAUGGGUAUGGGUAUGAGCCCUUUCAGCCAGCAGGGCCAGCCAAACCAGUCCCCUUCCUGGCCAGACUCUAUGAUGGGAAUGGAGGGAAGCAGACGCCCGUUUGGCAACACCUUGGAUGAUCUUCUGGUGCCUCCCACCACCAGUGAAGGACAGAGUGACGAGCGGGCGCUUUUGGACCAGCUGGACUCUCUGCUGAAUAAUACGGACGGCAUCGCGCUGGAAGAGAUAGACCGAGCUCUGGGCAUCCCAGACCUCGUCAGCCAGAAUCAGGGAGGAGAACAGCAGAUGGAACCAUUCCCGGGGCAGGACCCGUCCAUGGUUCUGGACCAGAAGCCUAUGUAUGGGCAAGGCUAUCCCGGACCCCCGGCCAUGCCUAUGCAGUCUGGCUAUGGAGGGAAUCCCAUGCAGGGACAGUCCCAACAAGGGGGGUUUGGGCCCAUGCUCUCUCAGAUGGGCCAAGGUGGCAACUUCCCUGGUAUGGGUGGAAUGGGGGGCAUGGGUCACCCUCGUGCCAACAUGAUGAGACCCAGGAUGAUGAGUGCCAACAAGCCCAUGAGGCUCCAGCUGCAACAAAGACUGCAGGGACAGCAGUUCAUGAAUCAGACGCGGCAGGGCAUGGGCAUGAAGAUGGAGAACCCGGGAGGCAACCCUGGCAUGAGGCCCGGCAUGCAGCCUGGCAUGGCAGGACAGCCGGGCUUCCUCAAUGCUCAGAUGAUGGCUCAGCGCAGCAGAGAGAUCGUCAACAUGCAGAUGAGGAGGCAGCGCAUGAUGAUGCUGAUGCAGCAGCAACAGCAACAGCAGGCGGCCGCGGCAGCUGCUGCAGCGGCAGGAGGAUUCAGUCCUCCUCCAAACGUCACAGCUCCUGGUGGCAUGGACAACCCUAUGGGAGGACCAAACAUGGGCCAGCCAGGCCCCCAGCAGUUCGGCUAUGGAGGGAGUUAUGGGAUGGCCCAGCAGGGAGACCCCUCAUUCGGGCCGUCAGGCGGAAGUCCUCCUAACGCCAUGAUGCCAGGCCGCCUGGGGCCUCAGAACCCCAUGAUGCAACAGCACCCUCAAGGCGGUCCCAUUUACCAGGGUGCAGAUAUGAAAGGCUGGUCGCAAGGGGGAAUGGCACGCAACAGUUCGUACCCUCAGCAGCAAUUUGGGCAGCAGGGACCUCCAGGGCAGCAACAGUUUGCGCAGCAGGGGAUUCCAGGCCAGUAUGGGGGCAUGAUGAUGAACGGGGGCAUGCCAGCCAGCGGAGGAGGAGGUCACAUGGGCCAGAUGGGAGGGCAGAUGGGCAUGAAUCCAAUGGUGAUGGGACGCAUGCCUAUGGGGCCUGAGCAGAAAUAUUGCUGAACAUCGUGACAGAAGCAUUUGUCUCACUGUGAUCUCCACUCAGAGAUAGGACAUGGCUGCAGCACUGGAGUGUGUGGAGGACCCGUCGGUGUGUGUCUGCAUGUAGUGCUGCACUCCCACCAGAAGGGGGAGUGAACUUCCUUUGGACUCACGGCCAGUAAUGGCAGUCUGGCAACCUGAGGAAAACAGACAGACUGUCACACACAUACAUGGAGACACACAGUGUUUAUAAAAAUCAGAAACACUGUGACACAUUUACACAUCAGUCAGAUAGUUCUGUGAUUUCUCUCGUAGACUGUAGUUUUAAUAUUCCUCUCUUUUUGAGCGGUGUGUGUGCACCUCUGUAAACACACACCACUUGCUAUGGACCAAACAGUGAAGGUGGACAGACGCUAGAGUAGAUCACAGACUUGAACAUGGACAGACGUGUGAAGACAUCCUCUCCUUUUGUCGAAUGUACCAUGAAGCUGUGUUCAGAUUUAAAAAUGUCUUGUUUCUGAACUUUGUGGGAUUUUUAUUCACCGUCUCUCUGCUGCUCCUGGAGGAUCUCUGCGUACAGUAAACACGGUUCUAGAUGACGAGCCAUCAGAUUGUGACACUCAGAUGAAUGUCAUUAAGCAGUAGCACAUUGUUUCGUCCUCCAGGACGUCGGGGGCUAAAGUACGACUGAAUUACUUGUUGGCUGAUUGCACUUUAAGGAAAGGCCAACAUCAAAAGGAUUGUGGCAAUAUUAGAGGCCUUUAUCCAAGAAUUAAUUCAUAGCAGCAGACAUUUACUGUUUAUUUUUGUUUGUGUGUUCUCCAAGUUUUCCUCUCUGUGAAAUGGGGGCUGUUGAUUGGAAAUGGGUAACCUUGAUGAUCUUUGUUCUAAAGUGGGAACCAGUAGAAAGGCAGCAAGCACAGAUUUUAUCCAACACUUUCGUCUACAGUGUGCCGAUUUAUUACAAGAGAAAUGAACCGUUUUUAAGUAAUUUUAAAGUCACUCUUGAAACAAACAGACUUCUAUUCAUGUUCAAAAUUCCACUUAUAUUUAUACAGAUUCAUGAGGUGAUCGUUUUUGUCAUUCCAGAGGUAAUUUUUAAAUCAAAAUCUUGCAGAUAUUUUGGUUACCUAACACCGAUUUACAGUGUUACAAGUGAAGAAAUAUAAUUGAUUGCCAGAUAUGAAAUUGAUGUCUGUAUUAGCACACACCUGAAGGAAAAGUGUGUGUGACAUUUCAGUGUAGGUGUGCAGAUUUCUAGCAAUAAUCCUUCCUCCUGGUUUUCCUCUGAGGUCAAAGCUGAAGCAUCAUUUACUCAAAGCGACGGUACUGCAGUAUUAGACAUGAUGUCUUGUUUGGAGCUUCUUCUUUUCUUUUUUUUUGUCUGUGAAUAUGAAUUGUAAAUAUGCUUCAAAUGUACUAUAUAUAAAUAUAUAUAAGCUUUUGUAGGUCACAUACUGUUUUUGCACAGAUUGUAAGGCUUGAUAUUUAAAAGUGUAAUUUUCUUAUUCCGUCAUAGGUCAGCUUUUAUUUUCAAUACUUUAACCAUUGGUUGGAAAGGAAGGGCCUCUUUUUUUGUAAGCAGUACGUGUUAAUUUUCUUUCAUACUGCCACUUUCAUCCUCUCAGAAAGCACUUUUUUAAAUUUGUGAUCUUCAAAUCAUGAAUUUCUCCUUAUUUUCUGAGAACAUAGUCUUAGCUAACGAGGUGCUAGUAAGUAAACAUGUAAUUUUUUUUAAAAUAAAUUAUUUUUCUUUCAACAAAUAAAGGAGAAAAAAAACAGAACAUGAAGUAUGCCUAUACGAAAAGAGUUGACACAUGAUUGUGUUAGGCUUCUAGGGGCCCAGAUGUCUUACCAGUAUGUGGGUUGAAAUUUUCUGAACUGAACCUCAUGCUUCCACGUGUGACUUUAAGUUUCUCUCCUGAGAUUUCUGUGCUUUGGGUUUUUGCUGAUUUGAUCUUUCAGCUAAAAUUGUUCAGCCUCAGAUAUGAGACUUUAGAAAACAGUCCCACUGUAUAACUGUCCAUGAGUCUUUUUUUUUUUUCUUUCUUGGUUUAUUAACAGAUGUUUAAUCCCGCUGGAAGCAACACAAGCAGUUUGAAUCUCUAAUUUCCUGUCAGUCUUUGGUCAGGUAACUGUUGUUUUCUUGACAUUUGCCUUUAUUUUUUGUCUUAUUUCCUGUGAAGCUUUUGUUGAGAAAUCUACCUUUUGAAGACACGCUCAAUCCAAAGAUUUUUGUUUGUCAUUCUGCAGUGCUUAGAAACAUUCCUGAUGUAGAUCGUGCAAGUACUCAUGUGUGCUUUUACUGUUGCACAUAACCUAUAAUAUACAUUGAACUAAAUAUGUUUAAUUGCAUAUAUUAUAUUCCCAUCCGUAUGACAUAGAGUAGAAACGAGUCUGGUUCUGCUGAGGUGGUUUGACUUUUGUUUGUGAUUGUUUCUUCCUUUCUGUAGAACUUAUGGCCAGUUGAUUUGUGGUGCUACAAACGGUUAUUUCACAAGAGAUUGUCGAGAUUUUCUAAGCUGGAAAGAAAGUUUCAUGAUUGAUGUCAUAUGUCUGAGAAUGAUAGCUCGGAGUUAUUUCUUCUUUUUUUUCUUUUUUUGUCUACCCCAGUCUCAAUGAAGAAUAUACAAAACAAAUGUCUGUGCUUUGCUUUAAAGGAAAGAAAAGAGGAAAAACACAUCUGGGAAACAUACAGUCAUUAUUACAGGAUGUAAAAUACUAUUGCUUUUUUUUCUUACCUUGUUUCUUGAUGUUAAUAUCGAUGUAAAUACAAAUUUAUAUUUAAACA